AGAGUUGAGUGCUGGCCUCGUGGAACCUGUGUGUACCACACUGAGUCACAGCUAGGUGGAGUCCGCCUGUCCCGGCCAGUGCGCAAGGCUCCUGGAAGUCAAAGUCCCCUGAAGUCCGCUUCCUCCUGGCCCAUGGGGACCUUUGUGUGGUUUUGAUCCCCCUGGGUUGGGGGAUAGAUGUUUGCUUGGCAGGCAGAUGUCACCCCUUGUUUCAACUCUGUGGACUUAAUGAUUUUGGGAGAACUGUGUUGAGGUGGAUUGCGAGGCAUGGUCCUCAGCAGCUGGAGGGCAGGGGUUCCAGGACACAGAGAUGGAACCUGGGGUCCAUAGUCAUCCAGUCAUGGAGGGGCUGUAGAGGAUGGGAAUUGGCAAGGGUGUUUGCCUAGCGGCCCUCAGGCCUCCAACCCAGGAGUAUGGGCCGGGGGCGUCCUAAGCCUGCCCGCCCCUUAGGUGUCCAGGUGGACGGGGAGAACUCCGUGGGGCAGACAGCCCUCUUCCUCUCGGCGCUGCUGGGCCACAGCUCUGCCAUGCAGCUCCUGCUGGCCUUUGGUGCCAAGCCCAACCAGUGGCUGGCCAGCCAGUGAUGGCCCCCAUCCCAGGGGUCUGAGUUUGAGCCCCAGAGAGCCUGAGAGCUAGGGCUGUCUUCCCCUGAGGCAUCUCUCCCUCGCGAUGCCUCUUCCAUUCCCUGGUGACCCUCCUGUCCCGCCAGUAACCCUCCUUGUUCUCUCAGUUAACCCCUUCUCAUUCCCCAGUGACUGUUCCCAUUCUCCCAGUGCCUCCAUGCUCGUAGUGAUCCUCAUUCUCUAAAGACCCCAUCCUGCCCUCACGUGACCCCUCCCAUCCUCAUAUUUACCUCCCAUGACAUGGUGACUCCUCCCAUCCCCCAGGGCCCCCAUCCUGUCCCUUUUUGUCCCUGUUCAGUCCCUUCCCUAAUCAACUCCCACCUGCAUUGUUCUGCUCUAGCUGCUGCCUGGAUGGCAGCACCCGCGUGCCUGCAGGCGCCUUCUCUGGUGAUGGUGCCCCUGCUGCAGGCAGGGGGUGACUUGCAACUGCAUGACCAGCGGGGUCGCACACCACAAGACUGGGCUGAGCAGGGUGGGGCCAAGCAGAACUGGGAGUUGCUGGAGUUGUUGCAGCUCUGCCGGGCCCACAUAUCAGCGUUCGUGCAUGAUGGUGAGUUGCCACCCAUGGCAUCUCUGGACCAGUUGCAGGCCAGAUUUGGGAACAGCCCGCCUGGCUCCCUGUCCUCCCUGAGGCUGAUGCAGGCAGACAGCCUCCUGUGGAUGGGUCACAAAAUGACUGUGCGGCAGCUGAAGGCCCCUGGAACCCAGACAGAUGUGCUGCUGGCUGACCUUCAGCACUGCAGGCAGCAGAAGGGCUACCCCUGGGGAGGCCCAGGCCCAGGGCUUCCCCCGCCCCCUGAACUGUACCCAUGGCUGCCACUUGAGCUGAUCUGCAGUGACAUGCCCACCACCACCUCAGACCUCUACAGCUUCUGCAUCCUGACCCAGGAGGUCUUCACUGAGAAACUGUACUGUGAACUGGCUCACAGAGCCAAGACCACACCCAGGCCUGUGCCCCCUGUGAUGUCCCCAGGCCUCAUCCCAUCCCAGGCCCGAGACUCCUGAGGUCAGAGGCCACAGCAGGAUCCCAAGGGGUGCAGCGUGGAGCUUGGGCAGCAGCUUGACUCUAGGCAGCAGCUCUGGGCCCAGCCCAGGCCCCAGCCCUGGGUCUAGCCACAGCCCCACAGCCCCACAGCCAGGGUCAGCCUGCACUGCUGCCUGGAGCCAAGCUCAACAGUACAGAUACCCCCAGAGCCCUGCAGAACUGUCCCAUUGCUAACCUGUGACCCCCUCCGCCCGCCCUCCAGGAGUCACCAACCCCAAGUUCCCUGGCUGCCUCUCCUUUGACCAGGGAACUUUAGGGUCGCCCAACUGUCCCCUCACUCACCUAUGACCCUUAACCAACCCUGCUUCCCCCAGGGCCCUUCCCUGCACUCCAACUCCAGCCUC